UAGACCGGCGAGGAGGUGUUCUGUGGCGAGGUGUAUUUAAUGGCGUGUGGUUGUGUUGUACGCUAGUUGUGUGCUCAAGCGAUCUGUUGGUGGUAGAGGCCCCCAUUCCUGGUGUUUUGACGUCGCGAUCAGGUUCGAGGUUGUAACAUACUCCCGUCGCGAUGUGUGCCGCAUGACCGAGCCUUCACGAAGCCUCCCGGCGCUGCCAUGGGUGACGCGAAAGACUGCAAGAUUCCUCAGGAAUCCAACGAACAGCGUGGAAGCGGCGACGAUUCGGAAGACGAAAGCGAGAUCCUCGAAGAAAGUCCCUGCGGCCGAUGGCUCAAGCGGAGGGAAGAGGUUCAACAGCGAGACAUUCCAGGCAUAGAUUCGCAGUACCUUGCGAUGGACACUGAGGAGGGUGUCGAGGUUGUCUGGAACGAAGUCAAGUUCUCCGAGAGGAAAAAUUUCAAAGCCAAAGAGGAGAAGAUACGCGAGGUCUUUGACAGCUUGGCUCAGCUCGAGCAUCCAAACAUAGUCAAGAUCCACAAGUACUGGAUGGACAAGGACUCGGAGAAGCCCCGAGUCAUUUUCAUCACCGAGUACAUGUCCAGUGGGUCACUGAAGCAGUUCCUGAAGAAAACUAAACGCAAUGUCAUCAAGCUUCCCCUGCAGGCCUGGAAGAGAUGGUGCAACCAGAUUCUCUCGGCACUAAGUUACCUCCACUCGUGUCUGCCACCCAUCCUGCACGGCAACAUGACGUGCGACACCAUUUUCAUCCAGCACAAUGGCCUUGUAAAGAUUGGAUCAGUGGCACCUGAUGCCAUCAACCACCAUGUCAAAACGUUUCGGGAAAACAUCAAGAAUGUUCAUUUCGUGGCACCUGAGUACGGAACUGCGCCUGUCGUAACGCCUGCCGCUGACAUAUACUCGUUUGGGAUGUGUGCUCUUGAGAUGGCGGCACUGGAAAUUCCUGGAAAUGGCGAUUCGGGCACGCAAAUCACUGAAGACGUCGUCAACAAGACAAUCGAGUCCUUGGAAAACGUUCAGCAAAAGGACUUCAUCCGCAAGUGCCUGCGAAAAAAUCCGCUUGAGAGGCCCACUGCCAGGGAGCUUCUCUUUCACUCAGUAAUCUUCGAGGUUCACUCCUUGCAAGUCCUGGCAGCGCACGUCAUCAUCAAAAGUGCCUCUUAUCACCCAGACCAACUGACGGAUGAGGCCGUGCUUUUGAGGUACAGCCAGGCGGACAUCAUUGCCGAGAUUACGCACCGGGACGACCGGCUUGGCGUGCAGCUGCGCAAGAACGAGGUGCCCAAGCUGGAGUUGGAGAAGCUGCUCGAAGAUGUCAGAAAUGGCAUCUAUCCCUUGACAGCGUUUGUCAUGUCCCAUCAGCCAAUCGUGAGACCCCGAGCGUCGUCACCCGAAGUGUCGGAGUCUGUUCAAUCGGCAUCGCCGGAACCUUAUGACGCAGAGACACGACGCAUCAUAAACAUGAUGUGCAACAUCAAACAGCAGGAAGAAUCUCAAAACUUUGUUAUGACACUGUUACUGCGAAUGGACGACAAAAUGAAUCGUCAGUUGACUUGCGAGCUCAGUAUAAAAGACACUCCCUCCGUGCUGGCCACAGAGCUCGUUCACUAUGGCUUUAUUAACAAGGAUGACAGAAACAUGGUGGAGGUCCUGAUCCAAGACACUUUAAGCCGGAGUCACAUUCCAGGCAUCUCCAAUCAAGCGCCUCCAAUAUCUAUCGGUGCCGCAUGAACAUCCCACCCAUCAGAGGCCAUCCACUUUAGUCAUGGUGCCUCCUCUUUAGAAAAGACCUGAGUGUGACAGAGAGACUGGGCUACCCAAAGUCUGGGCCUGUGUGAGAGGUGUGCGUGUUGAAGCGACUGCUAGCUGCUUUUUCUAGCAGUGUGUGAAUGAGCCGUUUGUGCAGCGACUGCAAUCUCGACCGCUCCAAGUUGCCUUGCAAAGAGGGAUGAUUUCUCAAGGUGUUAGUCUGUAGAUGUCUGACGGUCUCCCCUUCCUCAAUUUUCUUUUUCUUAAUGGCUCCGGAAGGAGCAAGCUGGGGCCAAGUACUCGUUGUACUGUGCAGAAGUUUGCGCGUCCUCGAGUAGAGGUGGGCACUCGAGUUGAAAAGAGAGGGGUUGGGGUUCGUACGAAGUUUCUGAGCUUAUUCUCAUGCUGGAGCUUUUCUUGGCAUCAUUUGUACGAGGCAUGCGUUGUGGUUACGGCGCUGCUCUAGCAAGCUCUUACUCUACCAGGUGGUGGGCUUAUCAGCGCAAGCAAUGGUUGCCGAAACGAGCUUGCACUUCAUUGCCACCUUUCGCGUUGCAUGCAACGCCAUUGGCAUGAAGAGAGAUUCAAAUGGAGACGCGCCUCCGAGCUUUCCUGCAAAGGGGAUCGGGAAUACUAUUUAUGGUGUUUCUUCGCUCUCGCUUGCACAUCUGCUAAGGAUGCCAAGCAUUGCACCAUUGUUACAUGCUCAAACUUGUCUACAGGCCAUUUUUUCCUCCUUUCCCAACCCUCUUCCCAGUUCUGUACAUAGGUUGUCAUGAUAACUGGAAAAAUGCUAUUGUCGUUUCGCAUGAAAGCCCACCAAAUAGCACAAGUGUUGAAAAGCUGAUUGUGCAUUCCAAAGUCCAUUUUACAAUGCUGUUUGUACGAAAAGUAUAAGAAGGCAUUGCUCAGUAAUUUUUUUUUCUCUCUCUGCUUCAUACAUGUGUAAGCUGUAGGCAUGCGACUGUGACCCAAGGCCUCGCUCAAUAGUUUGCUUUCAUUAUGAAUUGAGGUGGUAAUGAAUUCUUCCCGAAUUGCGUCAAUAGGCACCGUGACCUACUAGCAGCCAUAUUUAUGGAUUGUUAAGCCACGCUGCAGUAUCUGUAAUGUAAUGAUAAAUCUGUCCCCCAGGUAUUCUUAUAAACAGUGUGUGUGGGUUCGAGCAAGAUUUGCUUGGCAACAGAGCUAGUCAAAACUGCUUGCCCAUGUCACUGUUUGGAGCAUAUAUUGCUAUAACUAUGCAAUGCUCCUAUUUUGGCAUUUUCUAGCAAUGCUUUUAUCAGCCAGGACAUGCUUUUGGCUGAUUGCUUAACCAGAGUUUUUUGUUUCGUCUUUAAAGAGAUAUACAUGACUGGAAAAUUGGGACUUUAUUUUUCUUUCUGCGAAUACAAAUUUGACCGGCACUUGUCAUUGCAAAUAAAAAUUGAUGCCUUCAC